AUGAACUGUUGGACAUUUCUAUCGGUUAUUCGCCGAAAAAUGGUGAAAAAAAAUCAUCAUGGCGGUUCAAAAACAUUGGGCAAAUUAUUUCAAUUUUAUUUGCCAACUAAAACUCAUCGAAUUUAUUCAUGUCUUCAUUGUCGAGCUCAAUUAGCAAGUCAUGAUGAACUUAUUUCUAAAUCAUUUCAAGGUAGUCAAGGACGAGCGUAUCUAUUCAAUUCAGUUGUUAAUGUAAAUACAAGUGCUGCUGAAGAACGAGUAUUGCUUACGGGUCUUCAUGAAGUAGCUGAUGUAUAUUGUGAUUGCUGCAAAACAUUACUUGGCUGGAAAUAUGAACAUGCUUUUGAAUCAAGUCAAAAAUAUAAAGAAGGAAAAUUUAUAAUUGAACUUGUACAUAUGAUUAAAGAUAAUGGUUGGGAUGAUGAAAAUAUAGAUGAAUCAGAAUAUUUAAAAAAAUAA